AUGAGCAAGCCCUUCCACAGCGUCGCUACCCGCUUAUGUGAGCUGCAGGCUCUUAGAGUCGACCUCUUGCGGCAGGAGAACACCAAGGCACACCGCACAGACACCUUCCAGACCAACAAGCUGGUGGUACGACGCGGACAGGUGUUUCACCUGCGCCUGAUGCUGAACAGGCCUUUGGGAGCCAAACAGCAACUGAAGCUGAAGUUCACCGUGGGGCCAAAUCCUAGUGUCUCCAAGCACACUCUGGUGGAGCUCAACCUGAGGACAUCUUCUCAGAGCUUUGGCUGGAAGGCGACCAUUUCCAGUGAUUCAGGCAAGGAGAUCACAGUGGCCAUCACCAGUGCCCCCAAUGCCAUCGUGGGCCAGUACAACCUGAUCGUGAAGAGUGGAAUCCACACCUUUAAGGCUGAUGACAACUUUUACCUUCUCUUCAACCCCUGGUGUCCAGAGGACCUGGUUUUCUUGUCUUCGGAGGAGGAACGAGCAGAGUACAUCCUCAACGACACAGGCUACAUCUACAUGGGUUUUUUCAAACACAUCAGAGGAAAACCCUGGAACUUCGGUCAGUUUGAGAAAAAUAUUCUGAGUUGCAGCAUUUUCUUGUUGGGCGAGAGCUACCUCAAGAUGACAGAGAUGAGGGACCCUGUGCUGGUGGCCAGAACCAUGUGUGCUAUGGUGAGCUCUGCGAAUCGCAAAGGCGUGCUCACAGGGAACUGGUCAGGAAACUACUCAGGGGGCACGGCCCCGACUGACUGGACCAGCAGUGUCAGCAUCCUGCAAGAGUACUACAGAACCAAGAAGUCCGUGAACUACGGCCAGUGCUGGGUGUUCUCGGGAAUCCUCACCACAGUGCUGAGAGCCCUGGGCAUCCCGGCGCGUAGCGUGACGGCCUUUGAGUCAGCCCAUGACACAGAGAAGAACCUCACGGUGGACAUCUACCUGAACGAGAUGGGCAAGACCAUCAGCAGUAUGACCAAAGACUCCGUCUGGAAUUUCCACGUGUGGACCGAUGCCUGGAUGAAGCGACCAGAUCUGCCCCAGGGCAAUGAUGGCUGGCAGGCGCUGGACGGCACUCCUCAAGAGAUCAGCCAAGGGAUCUUCCGCUGCGGGCCUUCACCUCUGUCUGCCAUCCGCAAAGGCAAUGUGUUCCUCGGGUAUGAUACCAAGUUCAUCUUCACUGAAGUAAAUGGCGACAAACUCAUCUGGCUGGUGCGGGGGGCGACUGGGGACGAGAAGUUCACCAUCAUCGCCGUGGAGACGGGCAGCAUCGGGAAGAACAUCAGCACCAAGGCAGUGGGCCAGGACCGGCGCCACGACAUCACCUACCAGUACAAGUACCCGGAAGGCUCUUCUGAAGAGAGGGAAGCCAUGAACCAUGCCCACUCUUUCCUCAGUUUUGAGAACUUUCACAAAUUUGCACCAGUGGAUUUCGCUCAUUUAUCCAUCCGGGAAGAUACUGUGCAGCUGGGAAAACCUAUAAUUAUAACUUUAGUUAUAGAGAGGAAGAUUUCUGUCUCACAGCACAUCACCGUUAGGGCCUCCAUGGACCUACAGACAUACACGGGCAGGGAUGUGGCUCAUCUGGGCACCUUGGACACAAAAAUAUACGCUGAAAAGAAAGUAACAGAGGUGGUUUUCACCUUGGACCCAGAGAAAUAUAUCAACAGCCUGGGCGUGGUUGAUGAUGAGGUGGUAAUCAAAGCAUUUGUUAUUGUGGAAAAUAAGAGCACUGAAGAACUGAAAGGCAUUGAGGCGACCCUGUGUUUCCUGUACCCUGACUUCACUAUAGAGAUGCCCGACACAGGCAGACUUGGGCAGGAGCUUCCGUGCAUUUGUAUCUUCAAGAACUCCCUGACCAUUCCUCUGACUGACAUCAGGUUCUCUGUGGAGAGCCUGGGCAUGGCUUCACUGCAGACCUUUGAUAAAGGGACGUUGCAGCCUAACAUGACCCUCCAAUUCCAAAUAAAAUGCAUCCCAGUGAAAACUGGACCCAGGAAAUUUAUCAUCAAGUUCACUUCCAAACAAGUGAAGGAGAUUCAUGCUGAGAAGGUUGUUCUCAUCACCAAGUAGCCUCUGCCCCAUGCAUCGGAAACAGGCAAGAGCCCUGAUUGGCUCUGAGCCUUGGAUGAGCAUUUUAGUAUUUCUUACUUUGCACUUAGCUUCAGAUCACAAAUGAUUAGAUUUGAUUACUCAUGUGAGGGGGCUGGUGGAGUGGCUCAAGUGGAAGAGUGCUUACCUAGCCAGCAAGAGGCCCUGAUCCCAUUCCGACAACAACAACAACAACAAAAACCCAAAAAAGAAAACUCAUGAUUACUCAUGUGAGAGUAGAUUCAAGAGCCAGCCAGGCAAAGGAUGAGGAGACUAACGCAGGGCCAAGUGUGGUGGUAUGCACCUGUAAUUUCAGCUACUUGGGAGGUGUAGGUAGGAGGUCCAUGGGCCAAGGCUGGCUGUGGCAAA